AUAAAUAAAUACCACAGAAUCUGGACCCAGGAGUGGCUGAGUGAGACUCUCCUCUUCUGAUAAGCUGCUAUAAAUACAGCUCUUCUUCUGUCUUUAGGAGACAACACUAACGUCUGUGGUUCUACAUCCAGCAGUAAAGCACCAAAAUGGGUGAAGGACUAAAAAUCAUCCUGAUCCUCAUGUCCAUCGCUUUCCUCAGCCAACUCUGCUGGACACAGGAAGAUGAAGACUUUCAAAAUCAUUACACUGCCCAGUAUAGGCAGCUGUGUCAAGAUGCCUGCCACAUGAGUUCAUUGAAUCACUACUGGUGCAACACUAACAAGGGCUGGGAUUACUGCUCAUUAAAGGAGAACACUGACUAUAAAGGCAACGAGUGUGAAGAUGACUAUCCCUGUGACCUGCAUGGUAAGGGUUUCUACUGGUGCUAUACAAAGGCUGGGAGUUGGGGUUAUUGUGGAAAAGUGGAGCCAAAAAAAGACAAAAACAAACAAAUAUUUAAAGGUUCACAUUAUCUGCUUGAGUGCAAGGACGAGUGUUCCUACGACAAGUCAAAGUCAUACUACAAGUGCUACACAGAUAAAGGGUGGGACUACUGCUCUCCAGCACCUGAUGUCACGUAUAAGGGUGAGCUGUGCCGAGCCGAUCAGCUAUGUGACACCCAUGGCCUUGAAUACUCCUGGUGCAGGACAGUCUCAGGCUGGGACUACUGUGGCAUUGUUGAGGACCUCAGAAUUUGUGGCACAAAUUCUGAUUACAUAAAUGAGACUUGUUUUAUUGACCACAACGGGAAUAUGACCAAGCUGAAGCCAAAGUGGGAUCCUGAAGCUAUAGCAGAGGGAAGAAAAUGGAGUAAUGAGAUAUCACAAAUAAAUGCACAAUGGAGCAACAGUUACCUACACGAGGACAGCAAGUCCAAUGUCAUCACUACAAAAAACCUUCAUCUUGACCUACAGGGGUUGGUCCUAAGGGAUAAUUUGCCUUAUUAUGGCCUUCAAAUUGAGAUGAACAUGCAUCGUCCACAAGGAAUUAGCACCACACUUGCACAGGUGUUCUUGCCACAGACUGUCAUUCCAGAAAGACACGUCCAUAGGGCCAUUAUUGAGAGCUUCUGCAACCGUGCCAUGGUUUUUGUGACUUUGAGCACCAGUUCCAGUAGUGAGGAUAACUGUGUCUUGAUCCCAUCCGAAGAUAUUGAUUAAUGAACAUUGUGUCGUAAUCAAAAACUAAACUGUUGAUUUGCAGUCAGUAAAAUUUGCUUAAGCAACAUUUAACAUUUAAACUUCUGCUAGCUGCCUAAAGCUGAAGAACCACAGCAUGCUUUUAUGUUUGAAGAGAUUUGAUUUACUUUAGAUUUGAUUGUGUAGAAAUAUGUAGAUCCUGUUUAAUGACCCCUAUAACCACAUCACUGAGAAAGUGACAUGAGCUGAUGAUCAGUACACAGAUUCCACUGAAUCAAAGAGGAACAUCUCAUGUUUUAGCUUCAAGCAACAGAGAAAUGUACUGAAUGAUUAUCUAUUAAUAAAAACCUUUACUGA